AUGAAUCUGAAUAACCAAGGGGGUGUACGAAUAAGCAGCAAAAUGGAUGCGGACGGGUUAAUUUCCGGAUGUCUAAAGGAAAAAAUGGAAAAAGCAAAUGAGGAUGUAAAAUCGAUUAUAAAUUAUGUUCGCAGUAAUAACAAAAAUGAAAAGAAUGUAAAUUUUGAAGAUCAAACUUUUUCAAAGGAGAAAGAAGGGGAUAAUAAGUGGAAUUCUUAUCGAAGUGUUUCCACUAAUAUAUAUCUCAACAACUUUAGUGUUGAUAAUGAUAUGUUAAACCAAAGUUCUAAUGAAGAGUAUGUUUCUAUGAAGACUGUUUUGGACACGGAAGGGAAAAAGCCAGAUGUGAAUUACAACCAAUGCAAUACUAUAAAAGAAUACAGUAUGAUGUUUUCAUUAGAACACGAACUUUUUCCUCCAAGCUGUGAAUUAGUUGACUCAAAAUGUAAAACAGAUUUUGAUCAUAGGGAUAAAUUACAAGGAGGAGAAAGUGAAAAAUAUGAAGCACGUAAAGAAAAAGAAGGAAAAAAUUUCAUUUCAACUAAGGAAGAUUUAAAAAAAGCUAGUUACCCAGUAGAUCAUGUUGCAACAAAUUCGAACAUUGAACAUGCAAAUGGAUAUGUAAUUCAAGGUAGAAAAAUAAAAACAUUAGACAAAUCAACAACAGAUCAGAAUAAUAAUACUAGGAAUUGUAAUAUAUCGAAUAAUUCUCACGAUCAAAAAUUACGUAGAGAGUUUACUCAUAUUAUUCCAGAUGAAGAACCUCCUGCUGAGAAGGAAAAAAAAAUUUCCAAUUCUGUUAUGAAAAAAAAUGCAACUAAGAAUCUAAACAAUGUUUCUAUUGUGAAUCAUGAUUUAAGGAAAUCUUUUUCAGUGAAUCAAAUGAGCUUGAGAAAUUACACACUUCACUAUGAAAACAGCUUACAAAUGGAAUUUUCAAAAGGUACACAUAGUCUUAGUUUGCGCGAAAAUCCUACUUUUAAAAAUAAAAGCCUCACGAUUGAUUAUGACCAGAAGUCUUCUAACAAAAAUUCCGAAGUUUUAAAGGAUAGCCUCGACAAGGGUCUGCAUGAUCACGCUCCUGGAGUAAACAAAUUUGAAUCUGAUAAUGGUGAUGCGACGAACAGUGAUGAGGUAAAAUUUAAGGAACCUAAAUUGGAGAUGGAAAAAUCCGUGAAAGAGUCUAUUUCCAGGGAUGAGAUGGCCAAAGAGAGGGUAAGCACAAGUGAAGAAUCAGAAGAAAAAGAAGCGGUAAGCAUAUUUUUCAAGGGAGAUAGAAGGUUUUUCAAUUUCGAUUUGCCAGCUAAUGAAUUAAUCGAGAAAAGUAGUUUCGAAAUUAUUGAAUUAAUCAGCGAAGGAAGUUUUGGCACAGUUUAUAAGGCCAAGUGGAAUGGCAAAAUGGUUGCAGUAAAAAAGUCUCAAAUUCAAAUGUCCCUGGAAGGAAUGAGGUCUAUUGUGCGAGAAAUUAAUACUUAUCGAUCUGUUUCGCACGAAAAUAUUGUGAAGUAUCACGGAGUGUGCAUAGACCAAUCCUUCAUAGGCCUUAUCUUAGAAUACAUCCCCAAAGGAAACGUGUUCGAUCUGUUAUAUAACAGCACAUCGGUUGUACCUUACGAGACUCGUAUACAUAUGGCUUUUCAAUUAGUGAGCGUCCUCCAUUACUUGCAUUCCGUUAAGGGAAUUGUGCACCGAGAUUUAAAAACCAGCAAUUUCUUGUUUGACGAAGAGUAUAACAUAAAAAUAUGCGAUUUUGGAAAAACAAGGAAAUUAAGUAAAGACGGAAAAAUUAUUCUAGAAGAUAAUGGAGGUUCCCCUAGAUACAUGGCCCCUGAGUGUUUCAUCGAAGGAAACUCAAUAGAUGAGAAAUCGGACAUUUGGGGUCUCGCAUGUUGUCUCAUCGAAAUUUUUGCAAGUCAGAUUCCAUUUCAGCAUAUAAAGCAGAAGGAAGAUGUUGUCAUAGAAAUUUUAGUGAACAAGCAAAAGCCAAACAUCCCUAAUUGUUUUCAUCCGAAGCUGUACGAACUGUUAGAGAAAAGUUUUUCUACAAACCCAGAAGAAAGACCAUCAUGCUCAGAAUACUUAAAAUUGCUCCAAGAGUUUUAUUCAAAAAAUGGGAAAAGUUAA